AUGUUUCCACGCAGUACCCUUUCUAAGCCGGCUCACAGUCUCACCUAUGAAGAGGUGAUUCAGGAGCUCGGCACUAACUCAGACGAUGGCCUCACCACGAGCGAUGUCAAGCAACGCCUGGAGAAAUAUGGCGGCAACGUUCUGGAGGGAGACGAGGGUGUCUCUUUUGCCAAGAUCGUCAUCAGACAGAUCGCAAAUGCCAUGAUGCUUGUUCUCAUCAUCGCUAUGGCCGUUAGUUUCGGUAUCAAAUCAUGGAUUGAAGGUGGUUUUAUCGCCGCAGUAAUCGCGCUGAACAUCGUCGUUGGAGUUUACCAAGACUUUGCCGCUGAAAAGACAAUGGAUUCUCUUCGCUCUUUGUCUUCGCCCACAGGCGUUGUGACUCGAGAUGGUAAAACUCAAACUGUACCCGCCCAGGAAAUUGUUCCCGGUGAUAUGGCCGAGCUGAAAGUUGGCGACACCGUGCCUGCUGAUCUUAGACUUGUCGAAGCUAUGAACUUCGAAACAGAUGAAGCUCUGCUCACUGGCGAAUCUCUCCCCGUCCAGAAAGAAGUCGACGCCACCUACGAUGUCGACACCGGCCCCGGCGACCGUUUGAAUAUUGUCUACAGCUCCUCCACAGUAACCCGCGGCCGCGCCAGAGGUGUCGUGAUCGGCACUGGUAUGAAGACUGAGAUUGGUGCCAUCGCUGCUGCCCUUCGCGGAGGCGAUUCCAAACGCCGCCCUGUCAAGCGUGGGCCCGAAGGCGAAACCAAGAAGCGCUGGUACAUUCAAGCCUGGACAUUGACCACUACCGACGCGAUAGGUCGUUUUCUGGGAAUCAAUGUCGGAACUCCCCUCCAGCGGAAACUCUCGAAGCUCGCGCUUCUCCUCUUUGCUAUCGCAGUCGUCUUCGCAAUUGUUGUCGCAGCAUCGAACGAUUGGCGCGGUGAUAACGAAGUAAUCAUCUACGCUGUUGCUACUGGCCUGGCUAUGAUUCCUGCUUGUUUGGUUGUUGUUCUGACGAUCACAAUGGCAAUGGGAACGAGACAGAUGGUGCAGCGACAUGUCAUUGUUCGAAAGCUGGAUUCUCUCGAGGCCCUUGGUGCUGUCACCAACAUUUGCUCGGAUAAAACCGGAACCUUGACACAAGGUCGCAUGGUUGCAAAGCGUGCUUGGCUUCCAUCUGUGGGCACCUAUUCUGUUGGAGCAUCAACGGACCCCUUAGACCCCAAGGAAGGAGAGCUAAGCCUGACAGAUGCGGCACCUAUUGAACUGAGCGCUGAAUCCCGUGCCGGCGACCCUGCUACACCCGAGGAUCUAUUGAAAGGCAGUGGUCUUUUGAAGUCAUUCCUGGACGUUGCAGCACUCGCCAACCUAGCACAUUUGCACAAGUCCGCCAGUGAAGGAUGGCAAGCCCGUGGCGAACCGACUGAUAUUGCCAUCCAGGUUUUUGCUUGGCGUUUCGACUGGGGAAAUGAUCACUUGAUGAAGGGCGAGAAACCCAUUUGGCGUCAAAAAGCUGAAUACCCGUUUGACUCCAGUGUGAAGAAGAUGUCGGUUGUUUUUGCCAAACGCGACGAGGAAACAGGAAACACCCAGGAAAUGGUUUUUAGCAAGGGUGCCGUUGAGCGCGUUCUUGAAUCUUGCACGACUAUUCACUGGAAAUCCGACUUCCCCGUCCCUCUUACCGAUGAGAUCCGCGACCAGAUCCUGCAAAAUAUGGAGGCAUUGGCUAAGGAAGGUUUGCGUGUUCUUGCGCUGGCUGGUCGUGAGCAUACUGGAAACAAGGAAAGCAACGAACCCCCUCCCCGCGAAGAAAUCGAGAAGGAUCUUGUUUUCUACGGACUCAUUGGAUUGUAUGACCCACCUCGCCCUGAAACCGCAGGUGCCAUUGCUCAAUGUUAUAAGGCUGGCAUUUCUGUUCACAUGGUUACUGGCGAUCACCCGGGUACUGCGCGCGCAAUUGCUGCGCAGGUUGGAAUUAUCCCGUCCAAUAUGGAUAUGGUCGCGAAGGACGUCGCCGAUGCGAUGGUGAUGACUGCUUAUGACUUUGACAAACUAUCGGAAGAUGAAAUCGACGCACUGCCAACACUCCCACUGGUUAUUGCUCGCUGUGCCCCUAAUACCAAGGUCCGAAUGAUUGAUGCUUUACACCGCCGCGGAAGAUAUGUCGCUAUGACUGGUGAUGGUGUGAACGAUUCGCCCUCUCUGAAGCGGGCUGACGUUGGUAUUGCUAUGGGACAGAAUGGUUCCGAUGUGGCCAAGGACGCUUCAGAGCUUGUUCUAACUGACGACAACUUUGCCUCAAUCAUCAACGGUAUUGAAGAAGGCCGCAGAAUUUUUGACAACAUUCAGAAAUUCGUUUUGCACCUGCUGGCUGAGAACGUUGCUUUGGCAAUUACUCUGCUCAUUGGUCUUGCUUUUAAGGAUGACUCCAAUCAAUCCGUCUUCCCUAUCUCUCCCGUUGAGAUUAUUUGGAUCAUUAUGAUUACUUCUGGUCUUCCUGAUAUGGGCUUGGGAAUGGAGUCCGCGGCCCCAGAAGUUAUGGACCGACCACCCCAGAGUAAACAAGGUAUAUUUACCUGGGAAAUUAUUGUCGAUACACUCGUCUACGGUGUGUGGAUGGCAGCUCUCUGUCUUUCCGCCUUCGCUCUCGUCAUGUUCCGCUGGGGUGAUGGCGACCUUGCGAUGGGAUGUAACACUCAAUACAACGACGCUUCGACAGACUACACCUGUGACACCGUCUUCCGCGCCCGAGCAACAACAUUCACCUGUAUGACCUGGUUUGCUCUCUUUCUCGCAUGGGAGAUGAUGAAUCUUCGCCGCAGCUUCUUCCGCAUGAAGCCCGAAUCCAAGCGCUACUUUACCCAGUGGAUGUAUGAUAUCUGGAGCAACCGAUUCCUCUUCUGGGGUAUUAUGGCUGGCUUUGUGCUUGCUUUCCCGAUUUUAUAUAUCCCCGUCAUCAACCACAGCGUCUUCAAACACACUGCUAUCUCAUGGGAGUGGGGAAUUGUCUUCGUUGAGACAGUGCUUUUCUUCCUUGGUAUCGAAACGUGGAAGUGGUUUAAGCGAGUCUACUUCCGUCGCCAGGCUCGCAUGCAGAAGGAAAAAGGAGACAAGGGUGGAGAUCAGUACUAUCUUGGAGACUUCAAUCGCUAUGUCUCUAUGAGCCGCUCGGAGACUCAAGCCUCUGGUGGCAUGAAGACUGAAGAGUCGAUGGUUUAA